GCUGAGUCAACUUCUCUGAUCCAGACGUCACCAUGCCGUACAAAGGUGAGUGUGGCGACGAUGAGGACCCCAUGCCAUUCCUGAAGCCCACGGAUUCGGAGAAGCUGGAGUUCCAAGCCCGUCCCUUUGACAUCAAGAAAAACUGUUGGGUCAAAGAUGAGAAGGAGGGCUUCAUGCAGGCGCUGAUCCAGGAUGAUCACGGAGACAACACCGUGUCCGUCAAGUUUACCGUCAAUAAUGAGAUCGCCAAGGUGAAGAAGGACAUCGUGCAGGAGAUGAACCCUCCCAAGUUUGAGCAGAUAGAAGACAUGGCCAACCUCACCUUCCUCAACGAAGCCAGCGUUCUCAACAACCUCAAGGAGAGAUACGUCAAAAUGCGCAUCUACACCUACUCUGGGCUCUUCUGCGUCACCAUCAACCCGUACAAGUGGCUGCCCAUAUACGGGAGCAGAGUUGCCAAGAUGUACCGUGGCAAGAAGCGCAACGAGGUGCCACCUCACCUCUUCUCCAUCUCCGACAAUGCCUACAGCGACAUGCUGAUAAAUAAAGCCAACCAGUCUAUGCUGAUUACCGGGGAAUCCGGUGCCGGCAAGACUGAGAACACUAAAAAGGUCAUCCAGUACUUUGCCAACAUUGGAGGAGGCAACAAACAGAUCGACCAGAGCAAGGGCUCCCUGGAGGAUCAAAUCAUCCAGGCCAACCCUGUGCUGGAGGCCUUUGGCAACGCCAAGACCACAAGAAACAACAACUCAUCCCGAUUUGGAAAAUUCAUAAGAAUCCAUUUCGCCGUGUCUGGAAAACUUUCCGGAGCGGAUAUUGAAACAUAUCUGCUGGAAAAGUCUCGGGUAAUCUCCCAGCAGCCUGCAGAACGAGGCUAUCACAUCUUCUAUCAACUCCUCUCGGGGAAAGUACCCAACCUCCUGGAGGAAGUCGGUCUGGUCAAUAACCCGAAGGAGUAUGCCUCCAUCUCCCAGGGCGUCACCUCUGUUGAAAACAUGGACGACGCCGAAGAAAUGAUGCUUACCGACGAAGCCUUUGAUGUGUUGGGCUUCACUCCGGAAGAAAAGAUGAGUCUGUACAAAUUGACGGGCGGGAUCAUGCACUUCGGCAACAUGAAGUUUCGGCAGAAGCCCCGAGAGGAGCAGGCGGAGGUCGAUGGCACAGAAGUGGCGGACCGAGUGGCUUGCCUGGCAGGGAUUGACUCAAGCGAGCUGCAAAAGGGCAUCACGCGGCCCAAAGUCAAGGUUGGAAAUGAAUACGUGCAGAAGAGCCAAAACAUGGAUCAGUGCGUGUCCUCGAUCGGUGCCUUGGCCAAAGCCAUCUACGACAGAAUGUUCAAGUGGCUGGUGGCUCGCGUCAACAAAACCCUUGACACAACCAAGCCGCGGCAAUACUUCAUCGGCGUGCUGGACAUCGCUGGCUUUGAGAUCUUUGAGUUCAACAGCUUCGAGCAGCUGUGCAUCAACUUCACCAACGAGAAGCUGCAGCAGUUCUUCAACCACCACAUGUUCGUGCUGGAGCAGGAGGAGUACAAGAAGGAGGGCAUCGACUGGGUCUUCAUCGACUUCGGCCUCGAUCUCGCUGCCUGCAUUGACCUCCUGGAGAAGCCGAUGGGCAUCUUCUCCAUCCUGGAGGAGCAGUGCGUCUUCCCCAAGGCCACGGACGCCAGCUUCAAGGCGGCCAUGUACGACAACCACCUGGGCAAGUCUGCGCCAUUCCAGAAGCCCAAGGCGGGCAAGAAGGCUGGGCAAGAGGCCACCUUCGAACUCCUGCACUACGCCGGCACGGUGGGCUACAACACGCAGGGGUGGCUUGAGAAGAACAAGGACCCGCUGAAUGAGACGGUGGUGAGCCUCUUCCAGAACUCCAGCAUGCCCCUUCUGUCAGUACUCUUCAAGGAGGAAGAGGCAGCAGCCGGCGCCAAGCAAAAGCAGAAGAAAGGAUCGGCCUUCCAGACCGUAUCAGUGUUUUAUAGAGAGCAGCUGAACAAGCUCAUGGCGACUCUUCACAGCACCUCUCCUCACUUUGUCCGCUGCAUAGUCCCCAAUGAGUUCAAGAAAUCAGGCAUGGUGGACGCUCACCUCAUCCUGCACCAGCUGGCCUGCAACGGCGUGCUGGAGGGCAUCCGUAUCUGUCGCAAAGGCUUCCCCAACAGAACUCUGUACCCCGAGUUUGUGCAGCGUUACUCAAUCAUUAACCCAGUUGCUGGAAAGACGGAGACUGAUCCUAAGGCCAUCACAGAGAAGGUUUUGAAAUCCACAUAUCUCGUGGAGGAUGAGUAUAGGAUUGGCUUCACAAAGGUGUUUUUCCGGGCCGGCGUUCUCGGCAAACUGGAAGACAUCCGCGACGACUGCAUCUGCCGCUUCAUCACCAAGCUGCAGGCCUCUUGCCGCGGCAAAGUUUUCCGCCGUGACUUCCAGAAGGUCCUGGACAAGAGGGACGCCAUGGUGAUUAUUCAGUCCAACGUUCGAAGCUUCCUUCAGCUGCGUCACUGGCCCUGGUUCCGACUCUACACAAAGGUGAGGCCGAUGUGCAUCCAGUUGAAGGAGGAAGAAGACCGCAAGAAGAAGGAGGAGGAGAUGAAGAGGGCCCUGCAGGAGGCCGAGAAGAUGGUGGAGGACCUCAAGGAGCUCACAGAGAGGGUGGCCACGUUGGAGACCGAACGCAAUGCCCUGCAGGAGCAGCUUGACGCUGAGCGCGGAAAGAAGGGGGAUGCCCAGGGCCGGGUGACCUCCCUGGACCGGCAGCGCAAGGAGCUGGAGGUCAGAGUGGCCGAGCUCAACGCGCGCCUCGAGGGCGAGGAGAGGACGACGGCCGAGCUGACCGGCAGGCGCCGCCGGCUCGAGAACGACGUGCAGGACCUCAAGAUCGAGGUGGAGAGUCUGGAGGGCUCUGUGGCCAAACUUGAGAAGGAGAAGAAGGCUCUGGAGAACAAGGUUCGCACGCAGACCGAGGAGCUGAACCUGAAAGACGAGGCGAUUGUGAAGCUCCAAAAGGAGAAGAAACAGCUAGAGGAGGCCAAUCAGGCUACACUUGAUGACUUGCAGAUUGAGCAGGACAAGUUAACAAAAUUAAACCGAUCCAACAACAAGAAUCAGAAUAAGAUUGCCGAGCUGGAAGAUCUCCUUGACCAGGAGAAGAAACUUCGAGUGGAGUUCGAGAAAGCCAAACGUAAGUUGGAGUCGGACCUCAGGUCUACCGUGGACUCUCUGAACGAGAUGGAGCGGCACAAGCUGGAGAUGGAGGAAGUCAUCAAGAAGAGAGAUUACGAGAUCAAUGCCAUGAACGCCCGGCUUGAGGAUGAGCAGAAUAUGUCCAUGAACUUGCAACGCAAGCUCAAGGAGCUGCAGACCCGGGUGGAGGAGCUGGAGGAGGAGUUGGAGGCUGAGCGGGCCAUCAGAGCGAAGGUUGAGAAGCAGAGGAAUGACCUCGCCAGGGAGCUGGAGGAGCUCACGGAACGCCUCGACGAAGCGGGGGGGGCCACAGCAGCCCAGAUCGAGCAGAACAAGAAGCGAGAGUCGGAGGUUCUCAAGCUGCGCCGGGAGAUGGAGGAGUCCUCCCUGCAGAUGGAGGCCACCAUGGCUGCCCUGCGCAAGAGGCAGGCCGAGUCCACGGUGGAAAUGACGGAGCAGCUGGACAGCCUGCAGCGCGUGAAGCUCAAGCUGGAGAAGGACAAGCAGGUCAUGAAGGUGGAGAUCGAUGACCUCGCCUCCAGCCUCGAGGCAUCUCAGAAGUACAAGGUGUCGGCCGAGAUGCACAUCCGCAAGCUGGAAGAUCACCUGAGCGAAUCCAGCUCGCACUGCGAGGACCUGCAGAAAACCCUCAACGAGGUCAACAACUUCAAAGUGAAGCUCGCAGCCGAAAACAGCGACAACCUGCGGCGGCUGGAGGAGGGGGAGAACAAGAUCGCUCAGCUGAGCCGCACCAAGCUCUCGCUGUCCUCGCAGCUGGAGGAGACCAAAAGGUCGCUGGAUGAAGAAACUAAGGCGAAGGGCAUGGUGUCUCUGGGCAUGUCCAACGCCAAGCACGACUGCGACCUCCUCCGCGAGCAGCUGGAGGAGGAACAGGAGAGCAAAGCCGAGCUCCACCGCGUCAUCUCGCGCCUCAACGGGGAGCUCACUCAGUGGCGCAGCAAGUACGAGUCGGAUGCGCUCGGCCGUCUGGAGGAGCUCGAGGAAACCAAGAAGAAGCUUGCCGCUCGGCUGCAGGAGUCCGAGGAGGCUGUGGAAGCCGCCCAAGCGAGGUGUGCAAGCCUGGACAAGGCCAAGCAGAAACUCCAGGGAGAGCUCGAAGACCUUACCCUCGACCUUGAGAAGGCCAAUAGCUCUGCAGCUUCCUUGGACAAGAAACAGCGUUCGUUUGACAAGCAGCUGUCGGACUGGCGUCAGAAGUACGAGGAGGUCCAGUCGGAGCUGGACUCGUCGCAGAAGGAGUGCAGGAACUACAGCAACGAGAUAUUCAAGCUGAGGACCUGCUACGAGGAGGCGGUCGAACAGCUGGAGGCCUUCAAGAGAGAGAACAAGACCCUUCAAGAGGAGGUCACCGAUCUGACAGAGCAGCUGGGAGAGGGAGGAAAAAGCGCUCACGAGCUGCAGAAGGUGAAGAAGAAGUUGGAACUGGAGAAGGAAGAAUUGCAGCUCUCCCUGGAAGAGGCAGAAGCAGCCCUGGAGUCGGAGGAGGGCAAGGUGGUGCGCAUCCAGCUGGAGCUGGCCCAGGUCAAGGCCGACAUCGACCGCCGCGUGCAGGAGAAGGAGGAUGAGUUCGAGGCCAUCAGAAAGAACCACCAGCGCAGCAUGGAGUCCAUGCAAAUGAGCUUGGAGGCCGAGGCCAAGGGGCGCGCCGAGGCCCUGAGGCACAAGAAGAAGAUGGAGAACGACCUCAACGAGGCGGAGCUGCAGCUGGACCACGCGAGCCGCACCAACGCGGAGGCCGGCAAGCUCGUCAAGAAGCUGCAGCAGCAGGUCAAGGACGCGCAGCUGCAGAUGGACGAGGAUGGUCGCGAGCGGGACGAGCUGCGUGAGCAGCAGAGCGUGGCCGAGCGGCGCCUCGCGCUGGUGCUCGCCGAGCUGGAGGAGCUGCGCGGGAACCUCGAGGUGUCAGAGCGCGCGCGCAAGAUCGUCGAGCAGGACCUGGCUGAGCUGCGCGAGAGGCACUCGGAGGCCGACACGCAGAACCAGCACUUGAAUGGUCAACGUAAGAAACUGGAGAGCGACUUGCAGCACCUCACGAUGACCUAUGAGGAGAUGAUUUCUGAGUACCGGUCCACAGAUGAGAAGGCUAAAAAGGCCAUCAUUGAUGCUGCCCGCAUGGCGGAAGAGCUGAGGCAACAGCAGGACCAUGGCACACACCUGGAGAAGAUCAAGAAAAACCUGGAGCAGACGGUGAAGGACCUCUCCGCCAAGCUGGACGAGGCCGACCAGAUCGCAAUGAAAGGCGGCAAGAAGAUCAUCCAGAAACUGGAGAUCAAGGUGCGCGAGCUGGAGGGCGAGCUCGACGCCGAACAGAAACGGCACGCCGAGACCAUCAAGAGCCUGCGCAAGAACGAGCGGCGCAUGAAGGAGCUCAUCUUCCAAACGGACGAGGAUCAGAAGAACCAGGCGCGCAUGCAGGAGCUGGUGGAGAAGCUGCAGAGCAAGAUCAAGACCUACAAGCGGCAGCUUGAGCUCGUGGAGGAAGAGGCCAACACGAACCUGUCCAAAUACCGCAAGACCAUCCACGAGCUCGACGAGGCGGAGGAGAGAGCCGACAUUGCCGAGUCGGCGCUGGUCAAGAUCCGCACCAAAAACCGCGGCUCGGCCGCCAAGGGCUUCUCCAGCUCGGGUUACAACUCGCCCCACCUCUCCAAUUCCAGGGCUCCCAGCUCCCUGGCGACAAUGGAUGAUGACUACAUGUGACCACAGUACAGCACCAGCAGUUGUGUUUUCUCUACCAUGCAGUAGAAGGCGGACAAAGGCAAGCUGUGCUUAUGUAUGUAUGUUGAACUUCUUUCGCGCCGUACGUAGCCAACCGUGCUAAUCUGAAGUGCGGGGAAAGACAACAAACUCGACACAAAAAGCAGAAUAGAAAGAGCAUCACAGCGCUUCAUUUCAGCAUGAACAGCCCUGAACAACGCUCCCGGAAUUAUUUUGGCACGCGCCACAUCCAUCGCGCUGAGUUUGUGCUCCAUAAUUUGCUCGUAGGAUCAUAGCAAACAUCGGCCACAAUUAUAAAGGAUGGUCAUGGAUAGGCGGCGCCGUUCACUGCCAUGCCUGCUCUGAGACCAGUCGAACAGCGUUCCGUGAAAUAAUUAAUAAGUGAGAUAUUCUUUGGUUAUUUCGGUAAAUUCACGUAGGUAGAAAAUGUAUAGAUCACGACGUUUCGAUCGCAACACACGCAACCGUCAUCAGGUGAGACACGUCGUGAUCUAUUAAUUUUCUACCUACGUGACUUUACUGAAAGAACCAAAGAGUAUGGAUUCCUGCAGUCACGAAAGCUUCAAAUCAAGAUUGAGUGGGAUGUGACGACAAUGCUUGUUUAUGUCCGAAGCAGUGUCUUUUUAUCAGAAGUUUCCCCGUUUCUCUCCCUCCCCCGCCAUCAUCACUGCCUUGUAAGCACGUGCUGGUUAUAUCAGAACUGGUUUAUGUUACCGAAUUAGGUGGGCUUAUACUGUAUACAGAUUUUACUGCGUCACUGCAGAUAGACCCCCUUAAAACAGCUGUAGAGCAACGAUUCAUUUCAACUGAACUGUUCAUUGUACUCACUCUGGAACAAUUUACACUGCAAGCUUUGUUAUGUUUUUUUUUACGACCAAGAAACCGCCCUGUAAUAUGUUGUAAUCUAAGGUGGGCGAAACGCAUGACACACAGUACGCUCGCAAUAAAACAACCGCUGUGUGUUUAUUUUAAAAAGUGCUAGUUGUGUAACCAAACACACACACGUAUGUUUUCUAAUAAAUAACAUAUUUAUAGUGGCGGGGUUUCUCCACCCAAAAUGAAAACUGACCAUUGCUGCAAUAUAACUGCUCCACUGCCACCUUGGGGUGUAUAACCAAGUGUAAUUGGUCAAUUCACAACGGUCACCUGAUGUAACCGAGUCUGUUAAAGAGUCGUCUUGUAACCCAUAAGUGUGUAAAUACAAAAUAGCUUCUAUGCAAUGUUACCAAUAUUAAUCAGAGGUGACAAAAUAAACAAGAGAACAUA